AUUGAUAUCAGCGCAGAAAGCGGAACAGAGCAAAAGGAAAUAGUUUGCGUCAUUUUGCCAUACUUCUCACGAUUCAACGGCUGCAAACUCUUUUACGUAGGAUUUCGGAAACUCCCACAUCCGUGUAUUCACUUUGUCAUCUCAGAUAAAACCUCACUUUCGCCGUCACUUCUAUUCGCAUUUCAUCACGAACCCUUUCCAGGCUCAAUACCGACAAAAACUCGAAAGUUGGUAUUUGACAUUGAAGUGCUGGACUUUAUCCCCCCUGAAGCCCCAUAGACCCUUAAGAAAUAUAGCUUCUACGAAUGGGUAUCUGAAUAUUCUUCUUAUUCGUUGACUUGGGUGUUUGACGAAUAUUUCGUCUUGGUUGCUUUUAUGCUCUGUAUUCGGUGGAGGAAUAGAAGAAAAUGAUGAACUUUAAUGAGUUUUGGACCAAGAAGACGUUGAUAGGUCUUGGGCUGGGACAGUUUCUCUCGCUUUUGAUUACUUCCACUGGCUUCACGUCUUCGGAGCUCGCUAAAAGAGGAAUUAAUGCCCCAACUUCACAGUCUUUUCUAAACUAUGUGUUCUUGGCGAUAAUCUAUGGAAGUAUCAUGCUUUAUCGGAAGAAAGCACUCAAGGCAAAAUGGUAUUACUACAUACCGCUUGGAUUGGUAGAUGUAGAAGGCAAUUUUCUUGUGGUGAAGGCCUAUCAGUACACAUCUCUGACAAGUGUCAUGCUUCUUGAUUGUUGGUCAAUACCAUCAGUCAUGGUUCUGACCUGGAUUUUCUUGAAAACAAAAUAUAGAUUCCGAAAGAUAUUUGGUGUACUUGUUUGUGUCGCUGGCCUUGUAGUUGUUAUUUUCUCAGAUGUUCACGCUGGUGAUCGAGCAGGAGGGAGCAACCCCCGUAAAGGGGAUGCACUUGUAAUUGCUGGUGCUACACUAUAUGCUAUCAGUAAUGUCAGUGAGGAAUUUCUUGUGAAGAAUGCUGAUAGAGUUGAACUCAUGGCAAUGCUGGGUCUUUUUGGUGCCAUCAUCAGUGCUAUCCAAAUAAGCAUACUCGAGCGCAAUGAGCUCAAAUCUAUUCACUGGUCAGCUGGGGCAGCACUUCCUUUUAUUGGAUUUGCAGUGGCAAUGUUUCUCUUUUACUCAUUAGUACCAAUCUUGCUUAAGAGUAAUGGCUCCACAAUGCUGAACUUGUCUUUGUUGACCUCUGACAUGUGGUCUGUCUUGAUUCGCGUCUUUGCUUACAAUGAGAAGGUUGACUGGAUGUACUUUGUGGCCUUUGCUGCUGUUACCGUUGGGCUUGUUAUUUAUUCAGGGGGUGAAAAGGGGGAUCAAAGACGUGCUGUCGUUGCCGAUGAAGAUAAUGAGAGAAGCAAGCAUUUUGAUGAGGAGGCUGGUUCUGCAAGUAGCAACCAAGGAAAUGUAGAUGGGAGCUGGAAAACGGGGCUAAGCAGGCAGCCCGAUACAGCUUCGACUAGUGCUGCAGAAAGGGAGGACGUUGAAAACAUGGGAAAAGAUAUACAGGGGAAGAAAUCAUGAUUAAGAAUUUGCAUUAUUUGCGGAGGGAUGGGAUGCAGUGCCGAUGCUAUCAAGGUAGCCUCUAUAUUGGUCUCGUUGGUUCCAAAAACUUGAAUAAUACCCAAUCAAGGCGUUGAAAGAAGAAAAGGAAAAUGUAAACCAUGCUUUUCAAUUUUGUUUUCUUAUUUCUUUUCCCUUUUCGCAAAUGACUAGUAGUGCGAUUUUAUUAUUUAUCUUUCUUUCUCAAGAGGAAUGGAAAAUACUAGUGGAGCCCCACAAAGUUA